GUCUGGUUUUGGCAUACCAUACUCCAAUUGGUGUGUGUUGCUGCAGCUGUAAGUUGUGUGGUUAAGAAGCUCUACGAGUGGGGAAAAUGACUGGUUAACAAUUGCAGAGUGAUGAAAAACUUGUUGGUGGCUUGGAGCAUGGGGGUCAAAGGAAAGUAGCUAGAUUGAUAUUACCAUCCUGACUGCUGCCUGGUCCAACCCUUACCCAGUUUCAGUUAGAGUUGAUGAGAGAUGCAGAUACAAUGACAUUUCUGAGGAGACUGUCCAAGUUUGUGAGCAACCCAUUCUCAUUACCAUAUAAGAAUCAAAAGCUGAGUGGUAUAUUGGACCGGCGAAACAUCUUCAGCUUCAAAGGUUACCUAUAUGCAGACUCAUUUGGAGCAAGAUUAUUUGGGUUCACUUCCACACCUGUAACACCACCUUACUUCACACAGACAAACAAGAGUUGUGCUGCUCGUUUUUCAAGUUCCAAGCACAGUGAAGAUGGGAUCCCAGCCACAACUCCCCCUGGCUGCAGCAAGAGCGACAAAAGCUUAGCAGACCUUAUCAUGCGGCACACACAAGCCACAAGAGAUCACCUGACUCCAGAGAUAGCACUGAGCCUGAUUACAAGAGAAUGCCCCUUGUGGCAUGAGACCACUGACCAGUGCCCAUUUAAUGACCCUUUCUGGGCCUUCUACUGGCCUGGUGGACAAGCUCUUACAAGGUUCAUUCUGGAUCAUCCAGAGUUGGUUGAAGGUAGAUCUGUAUUAGAUGUAGGAUCUGGGUGUGGUGCUUCAGCCAUAGCAGCAUCUAUGAGGGGUGCUAGUAGAGUACUUGCUAAUGAUAUUGAUCCUGGUGAGUCACCCAGCCUAGGGAUGUUUCACAGAAGACUAAAAGUCUUGCUCUUGGAAACCUCAAGUCUACAGUGUAUCUUCUCUUUUGCAAUUCAAGCUAUGAAACUAAAUGCUGUCCUCAAUGGUAUUACAAUGGACACAACUGUUGAGAACUUAAUACAUCAACCUUGCCAAGAAAACAGCCAAUGGGAUCUAGUGUUACUUGGGGAUAUGUUUUACGACAGAGACUUCACCAACCUGGUUGCUGAUUGGUUGAUUUCGUUGAUCAGGAAACACAAGAGUAGAAUUUUGAUAGGUGACCCAGGUCGGGUGUAUUUGAGAGACCAUCCAAUGAGAGAAAACCUUAUUAAACUGUUUGAGAUUAGUCUACCUUCCAGUUGUGUUGAGGAGAAUAGGGGUCAUAGUUCUGGCUAUGUAUGGGAGUUUGUCUUAUUUUAGGCCUCGUUGAGUAUAGGGUCAGAUGCAGAAUGACUUCACUCUCAAAAUGCAAUGAGGUGAACAUUGAGCACAGCAAGAUGGUAUAUUGCAUCUAUGUAGAAACCAAUCUAAAGCCAAUGCCAACAUUCAGAUGAUGGCUCGACCCAUACAUAUUAACGACAGAGAGUGCACUUGGAGAGCCCAUUGUUUUGAUUGUUUAAAUGUUGUAAAAGUUUAACCCGAUUGGGAGUCGAACUCAGGUCACCGGAAUCCGAAACCUGCGCUCUGCUGACUGAGCUAAUGCACCUCCUAAUCUAAGCAGUCUCAAGGCUUUUUGUAAGAUAAUAUUUGCAAAUUUCUGUUGUAAUUUACAAUUGAGAAAUCAAAUCAAUUUUUGCUGUAGCAAAUCAGUUUGAUCCCCAUGUUGGAAGAAGCUGAUCAGCAAUCUAUCGCAAAAUUGAGAAUAAAUUGCAAGACAUAUGAUUGACCUAGGGACACCAAACAGAUUUGCAAUUGAUCAGUGGUUUCUGGCAAUGCCCAUUCAGAAAAAGGAAAUGUCAAGAUAUUGUCUGAAAGAAACAGUGCUUCAUCAAGAUCCUUCUAGAUGCUAGUAUUGACUUAAAUGUAUAAGGAUGAAAAGGAGUUUAUUUAUGGUUUUGCUGAUGUGUGCUGUAGUACAGGAAGAGUUUUUUUAUUAUUAUUGUCUUGACCUGUUUUUUUUUUCCUAGCUCUUGCUUUGGAAGGUAAAAUUCAACUGUGCAAUAAAAAGUUUACUGUUAUCAGGAAGGCAUUUCGGUAAAAUAUGCAUGGGGUCUUCCUGAAAUUCUCUGUUUUCUAUUUCAUAUAAAAGGUUGCAAUGCUCUUCAAUCAUUAUGGCCAGAGCAGCUCAUGAAGUGACGUUAGAAUGGAGAAACAUGAUCCCCGGACAUCCUCCAAAAAAAUGUUGAUUAUUUUAUGGAAUUGCCCGAUACGAUGAUGUGAAGGUGUCACUUUUCUGUAUUUUUUUUGGAAAAAAAACGUUGGUCAGAGAAGUGCUAGAUACUAAACAAUGCUAAAUUUGAAAUAUAAAUGUUAAAACAAAAUCAAGAUUCAUUGGCCUGUGCUACACUUGUAAACAAUGUAUACAUGUAAUUGUAAAUUUGGGUGAUACACAUUAUUCCUUUAUGAAAGGUUUAAGCAGGCUUUAACUUCCAGUACUUGUUAUUGCUGUUUAUCUAUCUCUUUUGUUUAUAUAUUUGUUUUUUACCUUUUUUUAUUCAUGCUAUUUAUUUAUCUUUUUAUUUACUUAAUUAUUAUUUUGGAAGACAGGGGUCAUGCAUGCGCACAACAAUAUGAGUGCCCCUCCCCCUGUAACCAAGUAUGUAGAUUUUGAGGGAAUAAAACCUUUUUUUUUCAAAAGUAUUAAUGUCUCUUCCAAAAAGGUGUAAAAACAGAUGAAUAUUCCUUUCCAUUCAAACUUUUACAAUAAAGUUUGUUUAUUUCUUGAAUUUGGCAAGUUCUCAUUUUGUUAGAACAUAUAAAUUGUACACAAGUCAAUAUGAAAUGCAAUGAAGAUUGUUUGUAAUGUAUUGUAUUCUGUUUGUUGGGUUACCAUUCAAUUGUUUUUUUCGGGGGAAUUGUUUAUUUUAUCUGGAUACUGAUGUAUCAAAAGCAGUGGCGCUGGAAUUUUUUUUGACAAACAUGCUUAAAACUGGUCCCCCCCCCCCCCAGUUUGUCUGCUAGAAAUAUUCUUGGACCACUGAUCAUUAUAUACAUGUAUUUUGAUACUAUUUUGAUUAAUAAAAUGAAUAUCUAUUCUGUGAAGUUGAUUUUUU